AUGGCUCGCUUUGGUUUCCUCUCCCUGGCUCUUCUGUCCCUCCAGGCCCUAGUUGGCAACGCGCUCGCUGAUUCUGAAAAGGUUGAAGCGACUGCCGAGGCGGCCAAUGUCGCGGUUACCGCGCAGGCUUCCUUCCCGGCGUCUGAGAUCUUCGGCGUUAAGCUGGUCAAUGGUCGCCCGACCCAGGCCCUGGUCACCUUCAGCAACGAUGAGCCUAACCCCGUCACCUUGAACUUUCUGGGCGGCAGCCUGUGGAGUCUGGAUGAGACCAGCACCGUGGUCCGCAACCUGACUGCCACCCGCUACGCUGCCGAGAUCCCCGCUGGGGAGAAGGAGACGGUGAGCUACGACUUCGCGACCGAGAUGCACCCGCAGGAUAUCCGCCUGAGCAUCGCCGCGAUCCUGGCUGAUCACGAGGGCAACUUCUUCACCGUCUCGGCCUACAAUGGCACUGUGAGCGUCGUCGAGCCGGAGACCAGCAUCUUCGACCCGCAGAUCAUCUUCCUCUACUUCUUCCUCCUGGCCUGCUUUGUUGGUGUCGUGUACUUCUUUUACACGGUCUGGGUCGCCCCCUACUUCCCCCAGAAGCGCAAGAGCAGCAAGGCCGACACCGCCAAGCGCACCCCCAAGCGCGAGUCCACUGGCCCGACAGAGGAGCCCACCAGCCCUGCUGUCUCGUCUGCCUCCACCUACAACGCCGACUGGAUUCCUACGCACCACAUCAACCGCCCCGAGGCGCGGAAGGUCAAGGGUGGCCGUACCAAGGUCCGUUCCUAG